CCGCCGCCGCCGCCGCCGCCCGGCAGGAGGACCGGACCCCAGCAGUUAGGAGCGCACGCGAGCGGGCCAUGGCCGCGCGGGCAGCACCCUGAGCCCGUCCCGCGCCCGCGGGCCUGGAGGAGCGGGGGGAGGGGGUGCCCGGGGAUGCCCCGGCGGCCGGGAGCGCUGGCAACGGCAGCCGCGAGGUGAGGGCGGCGGCGCCCGCGGGACGCGCGACUGCCGGGAACUGCUACUGCCACUGCUGGCCCCCAUGGCAUACGUACCGGGUGGGGGUGCCCCAGGAGCGGGGGCAGCCCCCGUGGGCUCCCAGUAUUGUGUGUGCAAGGUGGAACUGUCAGUGAGUGGCCAGAACCUGCUGGACCGUGAUGUCACCUCCAAGUCUGACCCCUUCUGUGUCCUCUUUACGGAGAAUGACGGCAGGUGGAUGGAGUAUGAUAGGACAGAAACAGCAGUCAACAACCUCAACCCUGCAUUCUCCAAGAAGUUCAUCCUUGACUACCACUUCGAGGAGGUGCAGAAGCUCAAGUUCGCCCUGUUCGACCAGGACAAGUCCAGCAUGCAGCUGGAUGAACAUGACUUCCUGGGCCAGUUCUCCUGCAGCCUGGGCACGAUCGUCUCCAGCAAGAAGAUCACUCGGCCGCUGCUGCUGCUGAACGACAAGCCUGCGGGGAAGGGCCUGAUCACGAUUGCUGCCCAGGAGCUGUCAGACAAUCGGGCCAUCACGCUGAGUCUGGCUGGAAGGAAGCUGGACAAGAAGGACCUCUUUGGGAAGUCGGAUCCAUUUCUUGAGUUUUUUAAGCCAGGAGAUGAUGGCAAGUGGAUGCUGGUGCACAGGACUGAGGUGAUCAAGUACACACUGGACCCCGUGUGGAAACCAUUCACCGUGCCGUUGGUGUCCCUCUGUGAUGGGGAUAUGGAGAAGCCCAUCCAGGUCAUGUGCUAUGACUACGACAAUGACGGUGGCCACGACUUCAUUGGCGAGUUCCAGACCUCUGUGUCCCAGAUGUGUGAGGCUUGUGACGGCGUCCCGCUGGAGUUUGAGUGCAUCAACCCCAAAAAGCAGAGGAAGAAAAAGAACUAUAAAAACUCAGGCAUCAUUAUCCUACGUUCCUGCAAGAUAAACCGGGACUACUCCUUCCUGGACUACAUCCUGGGAGGCUGCCAGCUCAUGUUCACCGUUGGGAUAGACUUUACAGCCUCCAACGGGAACCCCUUUGACCCUUCUUCUUUACACUAUAUCAACCCCAUGGGCACCAAUGAGUACCUGUCAGCCAUCUGGGCUGUAGGGCAGAUCAUUCAGGACUAUGACAGCGAUAAAAUGUUUCCUGCCCUGGGGUUUGGAGCCCAGUUACCCCCAGACUGGAAGGUCUCCCAUGAGUUUGCCAUCAACUUCAACCCUACUAACCCCUUCUGCUCAGGUGUGGACGGCAUCGCCCAGGCGUACUCGGCUUGCCUGCCCCACAUCCGCUUCUACGGCCCCACCAACUUCUCCCCCAUCGUCAACCACGUGGCCCGGUUUGCGGCCCAGGCCACGCAGCAGCAGACGGCCACGCAAUACUUCAUCCUCCUCAUCAUCACGGACGGCGUCAUCAGUGACAUGGAGGAGACGCGGCACGCUGUGGUGCAGGCCUCAAAGCUGCCCAUGUCCAUCAUCAUUGUGGGUGUGGGCAACGCCGACUUCACCGCCAUGGAGUUUCUGGACGGGGACAGCCGCACGCUGCGCUCCUACACGGGGGAGGAAGCGGCCCGCGACAUCGUGCAGUUUGUGCCCUUUCGAGAGUUCCGCAACGCAGCAAAAGAGACCUUGGCCAAGGCUGUGCUGGCGGAGCUGCCCCAACAAGUCGUGCAGUAUUUCAAGCAUAAAAACCUGCCCCCCACCCACUCCAUGCCUGCCUGAGCAGCAGCCCGCGCCCAGCAGCAGCAUGCCGGCCGAGCCUCCCCGCCCUUCUCCAGAACGUGCACACUCACCCUGCUUCCUUGUGGGUGGCCUUGUUUGACCGACCAACAUUUUCAUUUUUUAUAACCGGACCUCCACCCCCUACUUCCCCUAGCCCAGCUGGGCUUCUGUUGUUGGAAUCAACUGAUGAUGCUUCUAGGCCAGACUGGCUUCCUCUCCUCCUCCCCUGCUACCCUUAAGUAUUGAAUGCACUUUGUAAAAUUUUAGUGGAAUUAUUAUUGUUAUUAAAGAAAAUAAAAUUUUUACAAUCAUAACUGGCUUUUUCCAAGUAACUAGCUGCAGACUCUGAAAGGAACGUGUCUCUGGUGCAUACUUUGUGUCGUAGCCUGCACCUAAUUCCUGCUCUGUUAUUUUAUUUUAUUUUAUUUUAUUUUAUUUUAUUUUAUUUUAUUUUGUUAUUUUAUACUGUGACUAUGUUCUCUUUGUUAUACUCAGGGUAAUAAAGGAGUUUCAGAUG